CCCUUUCCUGUCAUUACGGUAGAAAGGAAGCGUUACCAUGGAUUUGCGGAAAUGCCUGCCUUACUGCUGAAAAGGGCUGGGGAUGCGUUGAGAUUUCGGCGUUUUGGGGAGGAAAAAAAGUAGAGAGACGUGAAAUGCAAAGCUGCUGUUACUUCCGGUGAUGCAUUCAGGGGGCUUCUCCACGCGAAGGACGUCGUCACACGGGAUCAAACAUGCUCAAGGACCAGGAUUCCGCUGAUAGUUUGGACGGACUUGUGUCCUCCUGACCGGCAUCCAAAUGAACUCUUUUUGACUGUGUGUAACCCCCCAAUGGACUGUUUUAUUGAAGCACGCAAAAGGUUCGCGCUGACAGACGAGAUCUCGUCCCCGAGAGCGUGAAGAACAUCAGCCAGAGGGAAAGGUGGACAGUGAAGAUCAGGUGAAAGAUGCUCCAGACUGGGAACUACUCCCUGGUGCUGCUGAUCCAGCUGGUCCUGUUGGCCUAUGACCUCUUCGUUAACUCCUUCAGUGAACUUCUGAGGGGAGCUCCUGUCAUCCAGCUUGUGCUUUUCAUCAUCCAGGACAUCGGCAUCUUGUUCAACGUCAUCAUCAUCCUCCUGAUGAUGUUCAACACCUACGUGUUCCAGGUCGGCCUCGUGUCGGUGCUGCUGGGCAGAUUCAGGGCUCUGCUCGUUUUCUCCGCACUCUACCUGACCCUCAGCAUCUGCUUCCACUGCUGGGUGCUGAACCUGCGUUGGCUCGAGUCAAACCGCUUCGUGUGGACGGAUGGCCUCCUGGCUCUGUUCGUGUUCCAGAGAACAGCGGCUGUGUUGUACUACUACCUAUACAAGCGCACAGCGGAGCACAUGGGGGACCCGAGGCUGUACGAGGACUCCAUGUGGCUGCGGGAUCAGUUUACCAGAGCUCGUCAGUGACAACGGCACACAGUGCUGACGGGGAACACUGAGGGCUCCCCGUGGGAACCGCCUCCUGACCAGACAGGGCAGGAUUCCCUACAUGGGGACGCGUUGGACUGUAAGGGAACAGAGGCCGAGCUCUCAAACCGUUAGUGAAUGACUCUGCGCGCGUUACCUGGCUCCUCAUACUGAGGCAGACAGGCGCUUAAAUGGUUUACACUGGCAGGCGAGCCAAGGAGGGCACAUGUAGUGUAGUAUUAAUCAGGAUUGAGCCUGUUAAUCUUUGUGGCCUUUGUAAAAAAAAACGAUCUGCCACACACUUACUGCUGAUGAAAGCGUGGUAAAAGUUUGGCCUGCCUUCACGUAAUUCCCUGUUUUGUACCCAUCAAGUCAAAUCGGAAGCUGUAGCGCUAGUCCAGUUGGUGAUUUAUUUUAUUUUUAUCCCCUUAAAAGCAAUCAGAUGUUUUUGCCUUAUUAGCGCGUUAGUAUGUGCUGUUUACAUGUUGAGAAUGAGUUAAACAAGCCAAUUUCUUAUGUGAAUUCUGUUUAUUUGAAUUGUCUUCACUGUUUUUUUUUUUAUCAUUAAAUAAUCCUCAUCUAA